AUGCUCAGCAGCUCACUCUACUCGCUCACAACCCGCUCAGCUCGAUCCGCUCUCGCCCCGCUCCGUCUCGCCGCCGCAAUGUCCACCCGAAUCCGCGUCGCAUCGCUGGGGGAUCUCAAGAAUGGAGAGAUGAAGGAGAUCCCGUUCCCGAAGGAGGACUCGGAGAGCAAGAUCCUCCUCUCAAAGGUCAAAGACCAGUACUUUGCCAACUCGAACAAAUGCACCCACUACGGCGCGCCGCUUGUCAAGGGUGUCUUGUCGCAGGAGGGCAGGCUCGUUUGCCCGUGGCACGGCGCUUGCUUCAACGUCUGCUCGAACGGCGACAUUGAAGAUGCACCCGGCCUGAACGCCCUCCAAAGCUUCAAAGUCGAGACGGACGGCUCAUCCGUCUACGUCCUCGCCGACGAGCAGACCGUCUCGAACUCCCGUGAGCCGGCCGCUCCGUCGGUCGAGAUCGACUCGUCCGCUUCGCGCGUCGACGUCCUCAUCGUCGGUGGUGGGCCUGGCGCGGCGCACACGAUCGAGGGACUGCGCGAUGAGGGAUACACGGGCUCGAUCAAGGUCGUCUCGAAGGAACCGCACCUCCCGAUCGACAGGACCAAGAUCUCGAAGGCGCUCAUCUCGGACCCGGAGAAACUCGCGCUCCGUGGAAAGGCGUUCUACGACAAGCUCAAGGUCGACUUUGUACUCGGCGUCGAGGCGACCAAGCUUGAUUUCCAGAACUCGAGCGUCGAGCUCGCGGAUGGCAAGGAGGUCCAGUACGAGAAUCUGAUUCUCGCGACCGGCGCCAUUCCCGUCAAGAUCCCCCUUGACGGACACGACUUGAUGAAUAUCUUUACCGUCCGCGGCGUCAAGGACGCUGAGGCUAUCACCGCCGCGAUCGGGUCUGCCGAGAAGGACGAGGACAAGAAGAAUGUCGUCGUCGUCGGCUCGUCCUUCAUCGGGAUGGAAGUCGCCCUCGCUCUCGCGGACAAGGCCAAAGUCACGAUCGUCGGGAUGGAGAAGGCUCCGUUCGAGAAGAUUCUCGGCGCGGACAUCGGGAACGGGAUCCGCAAGUUCCACGAAGGCAAAGGUACCAAGUUCAUCCUCCCCGCCGAACUCUCGCACUUCGCUCCCUCCAAAUCCGACUCGACGCACGUCGGCUCAGUCCACCUCAAAGACGGCACCGUCCUCCCUGCCGACGUCGUCAUCAUGGGAACGGGCGUCAAGCCCGCCACGCAGCUUCUCAAAGACGCCGGGUUGGAGUUGGAGAAGAAUGCGAGUGUCAGGACGGAUGAGGUGCUGGAGGUUGUGCAGCUGAAGGGGAAGACGCAGGGAAGGGUGUUUGCAUUGGGAGAUAUCGCGACUUUCGAUACGCCUAAGGGGGAGAAUUACGUCCAGCACUGGAACGUCGCUAGUAACCACGGCCGCGCGAUCGCGCACUACAUCGCGACGCAGAAGCGCGAGGCGUUCGACAAGAUCUCGGUCUUCUGGAGUGCGCAGGGCCAGCAACUCCGCUACGCGGGCACGACCAAGGCUUCGAGCUGGGACGACAUCAUGAUUGACGGACACCCCGACCAGCUCAAAUUCGUCGCGUACUACUUCCAGGGCCAGAAUGUCGUCGCUGCUGCGUCGAUGCAGCGCGAUCCUAUCGUCGCCCACAUCUCGGAGCUCAUGAAGAUUGACAAGAUGCUCACCAAGGACGAGCUCAAGGCUGGAAAGGACCCGCUCCUCGUCCCUCUCGUCGGCACCGUCUAG